ACCAUCCUAUAUCUACUUUAUGUAUAUUGUAAAAUAUACUUCCUUCCUUUUAAUCUAAAAUUGUUUGUAUUAAUGGUAUUUAUCUUAUAUUUAAUAUUUUUUUACUUAUAAUAUUAAAUAAUAGUAAAAAAUUGUAUUUUGUUAUAUUUUAAAAAAUUGUUUAUAUUACAAAAAUAGCAGUUUACAAUAUGAAUGGCUUUUGCCAUGGAUAUCAAUGAAUAUUCUCUAAAAACAGAAGUGGCCAACCUUAAUAAACUUGUGAUUGACCGAGUUUUUCUACUUUUCUAGUGUCACUUAGUGUGUAGUUGGUUAAAUUUCUCUAAUAACUAAGGACAAGAUUAUUCAUUUAUAAUAUGAACUUGAAAUAUUAACUAUGACUUAUGAGUGUAUUUUACAUUUUGAUUACAUUCAAUGUAUUUAUAUGUAUGGAAUUAAUUAUUCUGUGUUUUUAUUGCAAUAUAAUUUAAAAUGUAUUAUAUUACACACCAUAUUAGGUAAAUACAAUUUUUGGCCUGGCUAAAGCCGCAAUACACUGUUAUACGUCUUCCUCUCUCAUCAUCAUCACAAUUAUAAUAUCUACAUCAUAAACAUAAUGUAGGUAUAACUGUAUAAUAUCUACCACAUCCUAGUCUACUAGAAACCACCCUCAAAGUUAAUAAUCAAAGCAUUUUUACUGUUCCAAAUGGUCACGACGGACAGAAAAAAAAACACAUCAAUUCAUCAUUGUAUUAUAUAAUUUGUGGUAUUCAAUACAUUUCGAUACUUCAUAAUUUCAAAGCCUUUUAAAUUAGGUAUAAGCUUGGUAAAAAUACUAUCUAAUACCUACUCUGCUAAUAUAUAUCUAAUUUUUUUUGUAAAAAUAUAAUCCCAAAAUCAUAUUAGGGCUGUACAAAAUGAUGGGAAUAAUUAUUUUAAUUUGCAAAAUGUAUAUUUUUUUGAGCAGUUACAAAUAAAUUAUAAUACAUAAUACAAUAUUACCUAUAUAUUAUUAUGUAUUAGGAUAUUUUAUUAGAUAUAAUAUCCGCCAUGCACUCUGCAAUUACCUAUUAUUUACUAUAAAAUUGUAGCUAAAUAAAAAACGUGUAUGAAAUAUUAGGUUGUUUUGCAUUAAUUAUAAUAAUGUUUUAUGAUGUAUGAUGUGCACCAAUAUAUUUUGUUUCAUACUUAUUUUGCCAUUAAAUUUUUAACCUUAUUAUUAAAAAUAAUGAUAGAUAAUAAGUACCUAUUAAUAACAUAUUAUUUAAUCUUAUUAGCCCUGGUAAUUAUGUUCAAAUGUAGUGUAUUACCUUAAUUGUGAUAAUAAUUAAUAACUAAAAAAUGUGUUCCAUGCAGGUAAAUGAUCCUUUGAAGUUUGAAGUAUAUUAUUGUAAAAUUAUUAUGACCUUCAGAAACCAAAUUAGUAGGUAGGUAGGUACUAUAGGUACCCAAAUACCCAAUGGCUAAUACCAACUAGUAGUAUAUUAAUAGUAUUAUUAACUACAAGUGAACGUUUUGAAUUCAUUUAUUCUUUGAUGACCAACUAUUUCAAACUCUCCAGAUUUAUACCUCAGAUUUAACUUUCAAGAGAUAAUGACGUGGUGCUGUAGCUUGUAUUUAGUACAGAUAUGCAUUACGAUCGGCGUAUCUGCACACAAAUGCAAUGUCGAUCAAGCUAUGAAAAACCAACAAGUGGUACCUGAUGUCAUUCCCGUUGCUCCAAAAGAAAUUGUACAAGUAAAUUAUAUGAGUGGUGUGAAAGCUUUACUUGGAAAUGAACUUACACCCACUAAGGUGAAAGACCAGCCGUCAGUUAGUUGGAAUGCUGAUCCUAAUUCAUUUUAUACGCUAUGUUUGACCGAGCCUGAUGCUCCGAGCCGUACUAAGCCUACACAAAGGGAAUGGCAUCAUUGGUUGGUAGGAAACAUACCCGGUGGAAAUGUGAGCCUGGGAGAAACGCUUUCCGGAUACAUAGGUUCUGGACCUCCACCAAACAUCGGGCUAAAUCGUUAUGUGUUUUUAGUAUACCAACAACCGUCAAAACUGUCAUUUGAUGAACCGCGUUUAAGCAAUAGAUCUGUCGAAAAUCGUAACAAAUUUUCAAUCAAUAAAUUUGCAUUGAAGUACAAUCUAGGAACACCUGUGGCUGGUAAUUUUUAUCUAGCCCAAUACGAUGAUUAUGUUCCAAUAUUAUACCAACUAUUAGGAAUAAAUUAAUUUAAUUUCAAGUUAAAUCAAAACUAGCCUAAAGUAAGUCUGUAUUUAAAAAUGAUUCCAAAAUAUUGUUUAUGUAGAAAAUAUUAUUUAAGUGGCUAUUUGAUUUUUUAAGUCUGCAUUUUUUUGUAUAAUAAUUAUGUUACCUAGUUGGUAAAAUAAAAAUUAUUUUAUUUUAAAACAUGUAGGUAGAUACCAAUACCUAUGUUCUUUCUACUUCACUAUUAUAUGUUUACGAAUAAAUUACAUUAUUAAUACUAUUUUUGUGAUGAAAGUGUUCAAUAUAUACAAAUUACAGAACAUUAAAUAAGUAAAAAUUACAAAAUGUCUUAUGAAUUAAUGUCUAUUGCACGGUGAUAUUAUUGACAUAAUGGCAGUGGCAUUGAAUAUGUGCAUCAUGCGUGUCACAACCCAUGGGUAGCAUUAUUUUACUGUGGUAGGUAUUAUUUAUUUAUUUUGAAUUGAUAUUUUACGAAUUCGAUGAUUAAUUUAUCUUGAGGGGGAUGAGUUUUUUCGGUUUUGGGUAGGGGGUAAGUCCUUACUGACGUAAUAAUAUAUUGAGUCGGUAACCGUAAGAAUUCUUAGAUUUUUUUCUAGUUUAACAACAUCGAUUCAAAUUAAUUAAAUCUAAUUACCCAUCAAAUUAUAUGAUGAAUGAUGAUACAUAAUUAUUAUAUUUCUAACUAAAUAAUAUUCUCGUCUGCUCCCAAUACCCAUUAUAUAUUGUAUACUACAAAGUUUUUAAAUAUAUGGGCAUACUGUUCCUUUCUAUGUAUAGU